UUCAUUGGGAAUCCCCGUACUAACAACGUGCUCGACUUAACCCCCAAAAUAUUUUGACUUUUUCGCUGUCCUACGGUGUAUCGUCUCCUGCACACUCACCAGUGACUCAUCCCUCAGAAAGCGGUCGCGGGAAACUGAAGGGUUUCCAUUUCCUGCCAGCUGGGACGGGAGGGAAACAAAAAUGGAUAGCGAAAACCUGGACAGCCUGACGCUGAGCCAGACCCUGCCUCUCAGCCAGGACACCUUCAGACAACUGUGGGAGAAUGUGGUGACGUCCAUGCCCACUGAGACUGACCAUGCAGAGGAAGAAUGGAGGGAAACUGAGGGACCCAUGCAGCUGCUUCUCAUGAACGAUCAGGUGUUAACUGAUGGUUUUGAUGAAACCUUGUUUAACUUACCGGAAAUGUCUACAAAAGACGGCGUGACUCCCCCUGCCUCCAUAGUGCCAGUUACAUCGGAUUACCCAGGAGAUUACGACUUCCAGCUGCGCUUCCAGAAAUCUGGAACAGCCAAGUCUGUGACUUCAACCUACUCUGAACAGCUGAAUAAACUCUAUUGCCAGCUGGCAAAAACAAACCCGAUUGAGGUGCUGGUGAGCAGGCAGCCUCCUUUAGGGGCUGUCAUAAGGGCCACUGCAGUCUAUAAAAAAACGGAGCAUGUGGCCGAAGUCGUUCGGCGGUGCCCUCAUCACCAAAACGAGGACCGUGCUUCAGCUGCAGAAACCAGCAGCCACUUGAUUAGAGUGGAGGGCAGCGAGAGGGCUCAGUACUUUGAGGACCCCAACACGAAGAGGCAGAGCGUGACUGUCCCGUAUGAGCCUCCACAGCUCGGCUCAGAGAUGACCACAAUUCUACUGAAAUUUAUGUGCAAUAGUUCAUGCAUGGGUGGCAUGAAUCGCCGUCCUAUCCUGACAAUCCUGACCCUCGAGACUCCAGAGGGUCAUGUCCUAGGCAGAAGGAGUUUCGAAGUGCGGGUUUGUGCCUGUCCAGGGCGUGACCGCAAGACCGAGGAAGAGAAUAGCAGCAAGCAGCAGAAUGGAACAAAGGAGACAAAAAAGAGAAAGAGCGCCCCGGCCCCUGAUAGCAGCUCCACAAAGAAACCCAAAGCAGCAUCAGGAACGGAUGAGGAGGAGAAAGAGGUUUACGUACUCCAUGUCCAUGGGAAGGAGCGUUAUGAAAUGCUCAAAAAAAUCAACGAUGGCUUGGAGUUGCUUGAUAAAGAAAGCAAAGCCAAGGCAAAAGUUACAAUGAAACAUGAACUCCCACUCCCUUCAAGUGGGAAGCGACUCCUCGUCAAAGGGGAGAAGAGUGACAGUGACUGAGGAGCUCGCUGAAAAUCGUUGACAUGUUUUCCUAUACAUCCUGCCUAUUUACUACUCCAGGUCACCUGAUGCUGUUGCAUUUACAUCCAAGACAUAUUAAGAUUAUGUUAAUUUUGCAUGUAAGGAACAUGGUAACGGGGAAGGAGCUCAGGCUGUCUAUCAGGGAUUUCCACAUAGUUUUAAUGAUUUCUUGAAUUUAUGUCUGCCAUGUUUGUUUUGUCAGAUGAAGUUGAUGACAGCUAAGGAGACGUUUUGGUUUAAGUGGCAUUUUUUUGGGAUGCACGAUAACUCUAGGCACCGAUAAAUUAUCAGCCGAUAUUGCAUAUAUUUUACAUAUUUUAAUUAUUCCCAGAUAAUAGAAUGUUAACCAAUAAAAUCCACCGUUAAUAAA